AUGAAAAAGGCGAAAGGUCCACUAACACCCACAACAACAGACAUCCUAGGUGCAAGAAAAACAGUUGCUUCACAAUACAUUGCUAGGUGGAAUGGGGGAGACAAGUAUCAAGUCACAGGAGCUUUGCAGGAUCAACAUGUGGUUGAUGUUAGGAACAAAACAUGCACUUGCAUAAAAUGGGAAUUAAUUGGAAUUCCAUGCAGACAUGCAAUUGCAACUCUGAAUGAGAUGAGUAAAGACCCAGAGGUUGAGCUUGACAUUUUAAAAUGGGUUCACAAGGUGUAUUUUCUAGAGACAUGGAAAAAGGCUUAUUCUUUUAAGGUGGAGCCAAUUAAGGGUAGAUCUAUGUGGCCCAAAAGUGAAUGUCCCACAAAGCUAAUCCCUCCUCUACAUCGCACUCAGGUGGGAAGGCCUAAGAAAAAGAGAAGACAAAGUAAGGGUGAAAGGUUAAGCAAAAAGAAGAAGGCAAGUCAAGGUGAUGGAGUGAAUGCUACACAAGAAGGAGGUUCCCAAAAACCAACAAAUGAUGGAGUGCAGAAGCUAUCAAGGAAGCAUAUCAGUGUUACUUGUAGCAAAUGCAAGAACAAGGGACACAAAUCUAGGACCUGUAAAGGGCAAGGUGGGAAUUAG